AUGCCGCACCCUGUCACUGCUGACACGGCUCCGAACGCUCUGCGUGUGGAAAUGGGGAAUGUGGGAAAUUCCGAACGCCGGCUCCGCGACGCUCGUGUUCCUGCAACGUCUCCCUGUUCCUUCGCUACAAUCUGUGAAAACAGAUUGAAAUUCGUUUCUACACAGUCUGUUAAUGAUCGUGAACUAUUUGAUAUUACUUUAGAUAUGUCGCCGUAUUUGAACGAAUUUUGUCUUGCAAAAUGUACAGAGGGAAAGCGAUUGAUUUUGAUUUCUACAGCUGCUUGCGUGGCUGCAGGUCCUGAAAAUAAGUGCUUUAGCCAUGGAUACAAGCCUGGCCGAGAGCAAACCAACCGUGGUUAUGUGCCAGUCUCCUGUAAGAGUGGAAGCUGGUCUCUUUUGGCUGAUCAAGAGAAAAUACACGGGAACCUACUCCAGGACUUGUUUGUCACUGCAGGAGAGCAUAAUUUGAGGCUCGGGGAGAAUGGCGAGCAGACACUGCCUGUUAAAUCUGUCAUUAAGCAUCCAAACUUUGACCCCAGAAGGCCCAUGAACUAUGACAUUCCCCUUCUGAAGCUGGAUGGAGCCUUCAACUUCAGUACAACAGUUUUGCCAGCAUGUCUUCCUCAUCCAGGUGAAAAGUUUGAAGCAGGAUAUGCCUGCACUGCUUGUGGCUGGGGCUGUUUAGAUGGAAAUGGACUCCUCCCUCAUGUCUCGUAUGAAGUUGAUCUACCAAUCCUGAACAGCAAAGAGUGUUCAAGAGCAUUAUCAACUUUAAAGAAACGCAUCCAAGGUGACACUGUAAUCUGUGCUGGAUUUCCAGAUGGAGGAAAAGAUGCCUGCCAGGUUUGUUACUGUGGCACAAAAGAAAGCUCAAUAAACUUCUUAAGGCUCCUCAGUGGUACUUCUGUAAGAUGUGGGUCACGAGCUUUGGCUUGUUUGGGUUUCUCUUGCAGGGAGACUCAGGAGGCCCCCUUUUGUCCUGGAAUAUUCACAGGCCUCAGUGCAGUGCUUUCCUGGAUUCAAGAGAACAUGAGUGUUGAUCUGAAAAUGAGAAGCUCCACAGCAUUUUGUAGCGUUCAGGAUAGCAAACUCCGUGACAGGGAAGGGGAAUCACAUUUUCCUGCUAAGUCCCAACAGUUCUAUGAAAACCACCAAUUGUGUAUAUGGACUCUAUUUGUGCCAGAAGGAAAUUACAUAUGGCUUCAGUUUUCCCACUUUGAUAUAGAGCCAGAAACAUUUUGUGACUAUGGUUCUUUAUCAGUUUUCUCAAGUGACUAAAGACUUUAAACAGUGAUGAUUCUCUAAUAUUAUAUUUCAGGGAAAUUCUGUAAAGGAGAUCCUCCAUUAGCAAUUUUGUUUGGCUCCAAUAGUAUGAGGCUGAAAUUUGUUUCUGACAGUGAGGAUUAUGGAACCGGUUUUUCCAUGACCUACAAAGCUCUUACACCAGAUAUUCUUCCUGAUUCUGGCUGUGAGCCCCCAGCUGUCCUUUUUGAAAAAAGAGUCUUACAGAGUACACACUACCCAGAACACUACAGCAACAUGGCAGACUGUCAAUGGAUUAUUUAUGCACCAGAGGACCAUGGAAUCAAGCUUACCUACCAGUCCUUUGAAGGAGAAGCGAGUGAAAAUUGCUCCUAUAAUGCAGUGGCUGUGUAUGAAGAUGUGGGAAAAGAGGAGGAAAUGGCUUGUGGAUUUACCCUACUGGCACCUGUCCCAAGGUCCUCUACUGUGAUGCUGGUUGUCUUUCACUCUGAUGAAACAGAGACCUUUGGAGGAUUCAGAGCCACAGCCUCUUUUGUUCAUGUAGCAGAUUUAGAUACAUUAAAUUCAACUAGUGAAGAAGAGUCUGGAAAUAUGGAUAUGACUGAAGAAGAAAUACAGGUUACAAGAGAUGAUAUUUGUGGAAUGCCUUCAAAUCAGCCCAGGCUCAUCUUCAGCAGGAUGAUUGGAGGUGAAGAAGCUGUACCACACUCAUGGCCUUGGCAGGUCAGUGUACAAAUUUCAGAUGAGCCUAUCUGUGGAGGAACAGUUCUUGCCAAAGAAUGGGUUGUCACAGCUGCCAACUGCCUUGAUUCCAAGGAACUAUACAGAGAUUUAUGGAUAGUGGUAACAGGGCAAGAGUACAGACAGAAAAGGUCAGUCAAGCAGCUUAUCAUACAUCCAAGUUUUAAUGAGGCCACUAUGGACUCUGAUAUUGCCUCACUGCAACUAGCUGAGCCCUUGGAAUUCAACCACUACGUGCACCGCACGUGCCUCCCUGCCAAGGAGAAGCAAGUCCAGCCCUCAAAGAUGUGCGUGGUCACAGGGUGGGGUGCACAUGAAGCAGACAGAGAAAAAGGGAAAAAACUGCAGCAGCUGGAAGUUCCCAUCCAUGUGGUUGAUACAUGUCAGAGCUAUUACAUAAACCUUCCCAGUAAGGUGACCCAGAGGAUGAUCUGUGGAUUCCCUCUGGAAGAAGGUAAGGACUCAUGCACAAGUGAUUCUGGUGGCCCAUUAGUUUGUCCUUCAGAAGACAACUCGGGAUUUUAUGCUGCUCACGGAAUUACCAACCUGGGCUUUGGAUGUGGAAGGAAGAACUACCCAGGAGUAUACACAAAUGCUGGGUUUUUUCUUGACUGGAUCAAGAAGAAUGUUAAUAGUAGUGAUAUAUCUCCCCGUUUUCAUGGUGUGACUGUCAAAAAACCGGUUCUGAUGGAUCCCAUUGUAAAACACUUCCAAAGCACAAAAUGUAACUGA